UGUUGCACUCUGGUGGAGGCAUGAUGGAGCGAGCUGUGGUGAGAAUCACCCUCAUUGGGCUGAUGGUGGCUUUGGCAGCCACACUACCAAACAAGGACGACUGGAACAUCUACAGCUUCCACAUUAACUCCACAGUCAGUAGCCGCUAUGCCACCACCGUCAUCACAAGCCGUGUGGCAAACCGUAUGGCCGAGUCCAAGGAAGUAGAGUUCCAUGUCCGGAUCCCCAAGAACGCCUUCAUCACUAAAUUCAGAAUGUUUAUAGAUGGCCAGGUGUAUGAUGGAAACGUGAAGGAGAAAGAGCAGGCGCAGAGGCAGUACACCACCGCUGUGUCCCGAGGUCAAAGUGCUGGAAUCGUCAGUUCAGUGGGGAGGACUCUGGAGGAGUUCAAGACCUCUGUCACCGUUUCUGCACACAACAAGGUCACUUUUGAACUCACAUAUGAGGAGCUGAUGAAACGCACGCUCGGGAAGUACGAGCUGCAGAUCCACGCUCGACCCAUGCAGCCUGUCAAAGACUUCAAGAUUGAUGUGCACAUUCAGGAGAAAGCUGGCAUCAGUUUCCUGGAUGUAAAAGGAGGACUGAGCAUUAAUGCCCUGGCUAAUGCCAUCACACAAACCCAAGCAGACAAACAGGCCUGGGUGCAUUUCUAUCCUACCGAGGACCAACAGAAAGCAUGUGACAGCUGUGAUGAGCAGGGUUUGAAUGGAGAUCUGGUUAUUGUUUAUGACGUCAACAGGAACUCCACACUGGGAGACAUCAUGGUAUCUAAAGGAUACUUUGUUCAUCACUUCGCUCCAUCCAAUCUUUCCCGAAUACCAAAAAAUGUUGUCUUUAUCAUUGAUCAAAGUGGCUCAAUGCGUGGCAGGAAAAUUGAACAGACUCGAACAGCAUUGAUCCACAUUCUGGGUGACCUGGCAGAAGACGACUACUUUGGUCUCAUUACUUUCGAUGAUAAAAUUUUUCACUGGAAACGAGAACUUGUUCAGGCAAACAGUGCAAACUUGGACAGUGCAAAGAAAUUUGCACGAAAAAUUUCAGAUAGAGGAGGCACUGACAUUAACAGAGCAGUGCUGGAAGGAACCAAUAUGCUGAACGCACAUCCCAGAGAAGGCUCAGCAUCUCUCCUCAUACUUCUUACAGAUGGAGAUCCAACCUCAGGAGAGACAAAUAUUGAAAGAAUACAUUCAAACGUAAGACAAGCCAUUGCAGGAAAGUUCCCACUCUAUUGUCUUGGCUUCGGUUUUGAUGUGAAUUUUGAGUUCCUGGAGAAAAUGGCACUUCAGAACAAUGGCGUAGCGCGCCGGAUUUAUGAGGAGUCUGAUGCUGCCAUUCAGCUGAAGGGUUUCUAUGAAGAAGUGGCCACUCCUCUUCUGACCGAUGUAACCAUGUCCUACAAAGGUGGGAGCAAUCUAACCCAGACUGUCUUCAGCCAGUAUUACAAUGGCUCUGAGAUCGUGGUGGCUGGUCAGAUCGACGACAACAACAUUGACUCCCUCAUUCCACAAGCUGUGGCCAUUACGAGAACUGAAAGAAAGACCUUUUCUGAAACAAACAACCCAGUGGAGACAAGUGAAACAGUGUCUGAGAACCAGACUCAGAGAGUUUGGGCCUACCUCACUGUCAAACAGCUUCUGCAGAAAGAGUAA